AUGUACCGACCUGGUUACUGGUCCGACGACCCCAUGGAUGGAGUCCUAGGUGCCGGAAUGGCGCGCCCGGGUGCUACGUCCCGUCGCUUCGAUGAAUACUAUCGCUGUUAUCCAGUGGCGAUGCUUCCUGGUCCUGAAAGAGAAAAUGUGAACCAUGGCGGCAAGGUCAUCAUGCCUCCCAGCGCAUUAGACAAGCUUACCCGACUUCACAUUACCUAUCCGAUGUUGUUCGAGCUUCACAAUGGUGCGAAAGAGAGGAUGACACAUGCCGGUGUCCUUGAGUUCAUUGCUGAAGAAGGAAAGAUAUAUUUACCAUUCUGGCUGAUGCAAACAUUACUACUGGAACCUGGCGACCUUCUUCAAAUCAAAUCGACAGACCUCCCUCCCGGCCAGUUCAUCAAACUUCAAGCACAGUCAACCUCCUUCCUCGAUAUCAGUGACCCCAAAGCCGUGCUAGAAAACGCCUUCCGGAAUUUCUCAUGUCUUUCCAAAGGCGACGUCUUCACUUUUUCAUACAACGAUCAAGUAUAUGAGAUGGCAGUGCUGGAAACAAAACCUUCCGGGACGAAGAAUGCUGUGUCCGUUCUAGAGACCGACUUGGAGGUUGAUUUCGCCGCUCCGGUUGGAUUUGAAGAACCACAGCGGACUAGCGGAACCAGCACACCUGGUAGCGUCAUUAGCGGUGGAAAAAUUCCAGCUGGUGGACUAUUGCACCCCCAUGGCAGCAUGGCACAAUCGAUCAACUACCCCGCCAUUGCCCCCGAGGCCACCGAUGCUGCCACAGGUGCCCGUGCGGCAUCAUCCAACUUUUUGUCUGGGGGACAGCGUCUGAACGCUAAGAAGGGCAGUAAGACUCCGACGCCUAACCCUUCCACUCCUACCCCCGGUGCCUCAAGUUCCUCACAUCCACCUCCAAGCCGAAGAACUAACGGCCCGCAACCACUUCGACUCCCGCCUAAUCAGCUCUUCUUUGGGUAUGCAAUCAAACCCGUCAAACCCCGUGAUGAGAAUGGCCUAGUUGUCCCAGAUGACCAGCCCAAGUUCCAAGGAAUUGGACAAACUUUGCGUGGGAAGCGAAAGGAUUUGUCCGACUCUGCUACCCCAUCGGGAAGUGAGGCUGAAGGCCAAAAAAGCAAGGAAAACACUAAAAAGUCCGACGGUGGUGGUCGAACUUUGGGGAAGCGCUAA